AUGCACCUCUGCUUAGAAAUGUACGAAGUCGUUUUUGAAAACAAAGCGGAAAUAAAACCUUGGAUUGAGAGCUCUCGAGCCUUUCUCCACGAGGCCCCUCGACGCAACGCUCGUGCCGACGCGCGACGCCACUCGCGGCACUCAUCAGGCGCUCAAAUUAAGUUGAACCAUGUACGGAGGUACUCUGGCGGAGCCGCUCCGGGCCGCGGCGGGUCGCACUCCGCGGCCUUAGGAUUACUCGAUUAUCAAAAUUCACGGAGAGUGAUAAUGGCCGAUAAUGCGGUGCUGAUCGCUGUGUCUGUGUCAGCCGCCCGCGCGACCGCCGCCGCCGUUGCCGGUGCCUGCCGCCUGUCGACAACCGCC